AACCAAUUCUAGUUUGUGUUCUAACAAGAACAAUAUGAUGUCACUACUGUACUUGAAUUCAUAUCCUACGCUGUUGAAAUGAUGUUCGAAGUGAGAUUUCGUGCAGAAGUGUGUCCUUAUGUAAUCAUAUAAGCUUUUUGUCCAUAAUUAUUCUGGAAAGGUAUCACAUUUCGAGGAUUGAUAACAAAUAUGGACCUUGAGCUGAAAUUAUAUCUGUUGGACGAUUGAUGGUUUUAUUCAGAAGUGAAGAAUAAGACAAUGGGAUCGAGGACAAUGAGGGGAUGGCCAAGAGGGAGAGCCAACAAUUAUCAAUGGAAUCAAGCAAGAGGAAGAGGAAACUAUCAUCACCCAUAUUACAAACCUCCAAAACAAAGGCAAUUAGCAGGCAACCCACGCUUCAAGUAUUUUCCUUGGCAGCAACAGAGUCAAAGUUUUCGACCAUUCUCUGCAGGGAGACACCCACAUCCUCAAAGAUUCCAAACCCCAACUGGUUACUCACAAUGUGGUAGAAUUCAGUCUACACACCUAGAAACAGGGUAUGGUAGAAUUCCUGUGGGACAGCGCCAGCAGAAGUAUUGGCCUGAUCAUGCUUAUAACUAUCAGCAGCAGCAACAACAAGAACGAACCUCAGUUCAUGCCCAUGUUGAGAUUCACAGUUAUGAUAUUCAUUCCCAACAAAUGGUUCUGAACCCAUUAGUGAACGAGCACACUUCAUUUGGGAAUGAGUCUACUUCAUGUUCAGUUACAGCUUCUAAGAUCUCAUCUGUAAAUGGAGUUGGGAAUGAAUUAAUGACAAAUGGUGGUACCUACAACAGUAUUAGUAAUCAACUAAAUGAAGAGUAUCAAUUGCAGCCUCAUUCAGCUAUGUCCAAACAACAAUAUUUUCCUCGUUCUAGGAGAGGACAAUACCAGUCAGAUCAGCCACACUUUCAGUUUCAAGAACCGGUAGGCCCACAUGAUGAAAACAAAGGAUCAAUACCUAACAAUGCUAGGAUUGACAGACAUUGGCAAGGAAAUCAUCAUCACCAAAUAUAUGGAUCACAUGAAGGUGCAUCUUCUGGCAUAAACACAAAAGAAAACAAUCUUGCAAUCUCUCUCAAGGGGAAUAGUGAUAACAUUCAACAUACAAGUACAAGCAAGAAAGGGGACAUACAUUCACAAGCCGUCAGUGAAUCACUGCAAGUUAGAUCAUCUAUGAGUCAGAAUAGUGAAUCAUAUACUGAUACCAGUAAUGAUGAUAAUGAACCCCAGUCAAAUCUUCAGCAGGAUGAGUUGGGUGGACCAUUGAUUGAAGCAAAAUCCUUGGACCAGAGUCCUCAGAAACCAUCAUCUCCCAAAGGCUCAUGUGAUCCCAUUUCCAAUCCUUCAAUUUUAGAUUCAAAGCUUGUGACAGGAGAAUCCAUAUCUCUUCCUCAUGAUCAGCUUGAAGAAGCAAUUUCCUUAACACCUCAUAAGCAUGAGAAUCUUGAUAUUCCUGCCAUGCCCAUUUGCAAUCAAUCCUAUCAACCAUUACAUUAUCAUGAUGAGUUUUCUAGCUUCACAAUAAAUCCAGAUUUUUCAACAUUAGAUGAGAUCAUGUACGAACAAAUACAGAUUGUUUCUUCAGCAAGUUCUUCCCCUCAAAGCUUUGAGGAAAUAAGUUACUAUGAAAUAGGUGACCCUGAAAGCAUUGUAAGUGAAUACAAUCUUCUAACUAAUGAAUACAAGGACCCAUCUGCUAGACUCUUCACUUUGGAGUUGGAGGAGGAGGAAUCGGAGUUUGAAAAAUGUAUGCUACAACACCAAAGUCCUAGUGCAUGAGUUAUCUUUCCUUUGAGAUUGCUUAUUAAUAUGAUCUUUUGAAGUCAUGUUGAUUAUGCUUAUAAGUGUAAAUGGCUAAUUUUGAUAAAAGAGCUAGCUUGGUGCCCAGAUUAUACAGGCUUCGUGAAUGUUUUGGAGAUAA